CCGGUUCACAGAAGAUCUUAGACGGACAUUUCCACCUCAUGGGCGGCACGAACGAUGUGUGAGUAAAAGCUAGCCGUAUAUUCCCAUCUCCAAAUCCACCUUCCGAUCCAAAUCUAACGGCCCCUGUCACCCCCCUAUAUAGAAGACGCAAACUCCUUUGCCUUUUCCAUUUUUGUUUUUCUUUUUCCUCCAUUUCUGCUUUCUUCUCGGCAAACACACUCACUGGAAAACCUCUCUGCUCUUCACGCUCCCAAAACGCCACCAAAAAUGGCGUCGCUGGCUCUCACAUCAUGCUCUCUCUCCUUCAAUUCUCUCCCAUCUCUCAAAUCCCGCUCUCUCUCUCGCCUCAGAUCCACUCCAGUUCCAAAUCGCUUUCCUUCCCUCCCUAAACUCUCCUCCGCUUCCACAAGUCCUUUCCUUCCAAAACUCGCUAAAUCAAAUCCCACAAUUUUUCCCAAGCAGAGAAACUCUAACUUUACCGUCAAAUCGUCCACGUCAGCAGCACCAGCAGCAUCUGCACCCGCCCCUUCACAGCCAUGGCAAGGCGCAUCUAUAAAACCAUUACUUGCGUCAAUAGCAACAGGUGUGAUUAUCUGGUUCGUUCCAGUCCCUACAGGAGUUACAAAACCAGCCUGGCAACUACUGGCCAUAUUUCUCGCCACAAUUGUUGGCAUCAUCACGCAACCGUUACCACUCGGCGCCGUCGCCUUAAUGGGAUUAGGCGCUUCCGUACUAACUAAAACCCUAACUUUCUCCGCCGCAUUUUCCGCUUUUGGCGAUCCAAUCCCGUGGUUGAUCGCUCUCGCAUUCUUUUUUGCACGUGGAUUCAUUAAAACAGGACUUGGAAAUAGAAUUGCCUAUCAAUUCGUGAAACUGUUUGGAUCAUCUUCGUUGGGUUUAGGUUAUAGUCUUGUAUUUAGUGAAGCAUUACUAGCACCUGCAAUUCCGUCAGUUUCAGCUAGAGCUGGAGGGAUAUUUUUGCCAUUAGUAAAAUCUUUAUGUGUUGCAUGCGGUAGUAAUGCAGGUGAUGGUACUGAACAUAAGCUUGGAUCAUGGUUAAUGUUAACCUGCUUCCAGACAUCAGUGAUUUCUUCUGCUAUGUUCUUAACUGCUAUGGCAGCUAAUCCUUUGAGUGCUAAUCUGACAUUUAAUACCAUUAAGCAAACCCUUGGUUGGACUGAUUGGGCUAAGGCUGCUAUUGUGCCUGGAUUAGCUUCUUUGAUUAUUGUGCCUUUGCUUUUGUAUAUUAUUUAUCCCCCUACGGUUAAGAGUAGUCCUGAUGCGCCUAAAUUGGCUAGAGAGAAAUUGGAGAAGAUGGGGCCGAUGACUAAGAAUGAGAUUAUUAUGACCGGCACUCUGUUACUUACGGUGGGGCUCUGGAUUUUUGGAGGGAUGCUUAAUGUAGAUGCUGUUACUGCUGCUAUUCUUGGAUUAUCUGUCCUCCUAAUCACUGGUGUGGUGACAUGGAAGGAGUGCUUAGCUGAAGCAGUUGCUUGGGAUACCCUCACAUGGUUCGCUGCCCUCAUUGCCAUGGCUGGGUAUCUCAAUAAGUAUGGUCUAAUUUCUUGGUUCAGCCAAACUGUUGUUAAGUUUGUUGGUGGACUGGGUCUUUCAUGGCAGCUAUCUUUUGGCAUUUUGGUUCUUCUCUACUUCUACUCCCACUACUUCUUUGCUAGUGGAGCAGCUCAUAUAGGUGCCAUGUUUACAGCAUUCUUGUCUGUUGCCAGCGCUCUAGGUACUCCACCGUAUUUUGGUGCCAUGGUAUUAGCAUUCCUUUCAAACCUCAUGGGUGGCCUUACACACUAUGGCAUCGGAUCUGCACCUGUUUUCUAUGGUGCCAACUACGUCCCUCUCGCCCAAUGGUGGGGUUAUGGUUUCCUCAUAUCUGUUGUCAACAUUAUUAUCUGGCUUGGAAUUGGAGGGGUUUGGUGGAAGUUUAUUGGAUUAUGGUAAAAUGGUGGCCAUGACAAUUUGCCGAUACUCUGAUUUUGUUUGAUAUCCGGUGGGUGGUCUUUCACUUUCUGGGUUGCUGUUCAGUGGGAAGUAGUUAAGUUUUGUUUCUCAUUCUUUGUCGAAGAAAUAAUCUUUUGGCGGGAAACUUCGAGGGGAAGAUGAUAUACGCAUGGUCAAUUUAGAGCAGAAAUUAGAUUUUGCAUCUGAAAUUUUGACAUGGCAUAUAUAGGAAGUGUCUACAAUUCCGACACAGUGAUUAGCAGAAUGCCUGAAUAACUCUCGAUUUUAUUUUAUUUUUUUACCCCGUUCAGUAUUUUGUGAAGUAAAGGGGUAAUCAUCAAAACAUUUCUGUAGUUUUAUAUUUUGAUAUAUCUGCUUUUAAGAUUCAUGAUCAAA